GUUCGCGAACGUCACUUCGCUCGUUUGUCUCGGACGAGGAAACGUCCUGCGCACUUUCCGACCAAAACUCCAACUUCGACGCUUUUUUUUUGGACAUUUUUCUCCUUCUGUUUGUUUUGGAAAUGUUCGGAGGAGAAACGGACGCGGCGGGAAACCAGAAGCAGGGGGAGCACACGGACUCAGCUGAGCUCAUCCAGGCCCGACUGGAGCUGCAGGCGUGGAAGUGUAAAGUGGAACAGGCUGACAGGGACAAGUCUCGUCUGAUCAUGAGGAAACUGGAGGAGGAGGAGGAGAAGAACAAGGCCCUGGAGAAAAUGAAAGAACUGCACAAUAAACGACAAGACGAAGAGAAAGAACGAAAACAGAAGAGCCAGACUCUCAAGGUGGAGUUGGCUCGUGCUCUGCAGAGGAAGAAGGAUCUGGUGGAUCGACUGAAGAGAAGCAAAGAUCAACUGGAACAAAAGAGAAACGAGGCCCAGAGGCUCCAGCACCGCUUCAAGAUUCGCGCCGACCUCCCGGACAAACCGGUCGAGUUUGUUAAACCGAAGUCGAGCGGCGAAGGCGACGCCUCCUCCUCUGAAGAGCCAAUCAGAGGCCAGUUCCGUGUGAGUCAGCAGGGGGCGCUGCUCCUGAAGCCCGGACAAGCGCUGAUCACCUUCGAGGAGGAGAAAGUUCUGUCUCAGGUUCUGCAGAUGGACAAAUGCAGCGUCUCCUUCGACGAUCAGACUCUGGACGUGAAGCCGAAGAGGUUCCGGACCGAGCCGACCGUCCAGUUCGAGGUCCACCUGUCGGUCUCGCGCUCGCACCUGGACGUGGCGGAGGUGGCGAGCGCGAUGCCGAGGGAGCGAGUGGAGGAGUGUCUGGCUCUGUCCUUCUCUCGCCCGAGCAGAGGAGGAGCUGAGGUCAAGAACGUCCAGUACAAACCUCAGAAGAACACGGCACGAGUCACGUUCCUCAAGCCAGGAGUGGCAGAGUGGUUAGCCCUCAGAGGAGAAUAUUCGGUGGAUUUGGAGUUUCAGACCAAAGUCAAAGUGUUUCCUGUUUUUGAGUUUGAGCUGCAGAAGUUCCAGACUUCCUGCGGCGUUCCGAAGCGAACUCUGCUCCUGGACGGCAUCAGGGACACGGGCGACGAGGAGGAGGUGCAGGACCAGCUGGAGAUUCACUUCCAGAAGCCGAGUAACGGAGGAGGAGAGAUCGAGAACACCAAGUACUGCGGCCCCGGGAGGAACGUGCUCGCCUUCCUCAGCCCCGACCACUAGAGGGAGCCACAAGACGCCGAAAACAUCAGCAACAUCAUCUUCAUCUUCUUCUUCAAAUCAUCUGCAAACCUCAAAUCUGUCAAUAAAAAGCUGCACUUCCUGA